AUGAAGAACCACAACUCAAACAAUGCAGAUAUAAAAAGCGGCGGCAGUGAUGAUGAAUUGCUUUUCUUGAGAAGACAGCCCUCCCGCGCAGAGCGAAGAUUCGGGAGUUUUACUGGCACAUCUUCCGAAUCCAAGGCGGGUUACGUGCCAUCCGCUUUAACUCCCCGCCGCGCCGCCGUCCGCGUGCAGUCGAUUCACAUCCCGGCAAGUCCCUCUCCUCGGGCGAAGGCGGGCGCGCCGGGAGGGGGCGGGGAGCAGGGGAGAGGAGAGGAGAGCAGGAGGCGUGGAAAUCCGAGCGGGGCCGCGGGGCGGGGCGGAGCGGGCCGGGCCGGGCCGGGGCGGCGCGUGGAGCCGCGCGGCAGGUGCGUGACGGGCGGGCAGUGCGUGGGCGCGGGCCAGCGCAGCCAGCGGCCGCGCAGGCGCACGCAAAUGAGUCGUGCUUAUGCCAAAAAUAACCACCCUCCAGCACAAGUCAUAAAGAAAUGUCAUAUUUAA